CUCCACUACGCUCCCUCUGUCCGAAGGCUACGGUCAGAGGCCUCUGCAGCAGCAGCGCAGGCAGUCCAACAUCCGAACGCCAUCGCGCGGCUCACAGCAAGCGCAGAAAAUCCAUCUACCGCUAUCGUCUUCCCUGAGGAUACCUCUGUGUUGGCACAGCCUGUGGGUAGGAUAGCGUUUGUUUCUCCCAGCAUUGCUCGACGGACACCGCUGUUGCCGUUGCUGCCACAAGGGCGCUGCGGCAACGACGCUCUUCCCACCGCCGUUCAUGAAGCGAUCACGUAGCCACGCCAGGAGCCGACGCGACCCGCCCCACCGAUCACCUUCCAUCACCACAGCCACCGUCCCUGAUCGUGCAGCAGACGCGCAACGAGGACCGGCGAUAUUGGCGCCCAGGCCGGAACGAGCCGCUGUUGGGACAGCGUCCUGGGGCACCACAACAAGAAGAAGGAGUAGGCUGGCGAUGAUGGUGACAGCCGCUGUUUGGUGCUCGACCGCCUCGUCCCCGGCCUCGGCGGCCGUCCGCAGCAUCAGCGGCUGCUCCAACCGAACCUCGUUCCUUCACUCCUGGUUGCCGGGGAGGCACCUAGCAGCUGCGCCAAUGGCGGCGAGAACAGGCGCCAGCGCAGCGUUAAGUACAGCAUCAGUGGUGGCGCGAUCGAGCGGCAGCAGGCGUCUUGCGGCACCGAUAUCAGAAACCCGCACUCGAGACGACUCAGCAGCGUGGAUUUCCGGAUCAUCGUUUCAUCGUCAUCGCCGCCAGCAUGCUGUGGUUCUGGCCGGUGGGACGUUGCCGCGGCAUUCGGUAUCGGCCACCGGUGACAGCAUGCUCCGCUGCAGCAUCACCAGCAGCUGCAGCAGCAGCAGCAGCAGCAGAGCGCUGGGCAUGGUUGUCGCCCGCGGCGGCAGCAGCGCCACGUUCGCGAGCGGCUCCGGCAGCAGGACGGCCGCCCGGAAGCGGCGAGAUCGACGGCGGGCUACUCGCGCCAGCAGCAACAACAAUGGGCCCAGCAGCGGCAGCAGUUUGAGGUCCCACCGCAAUGAGGAAGCAGAGGGGGGAGAAAAGCAAGAACGGAGAGGGGUUGCGGCAGAGCGGACGGAACCGUCGCGAGACAGCGCAGCGUCGCUUGCAUCGGAAGAGCAGCGGCGACCCAGAGCAGGAGCAGGAGGAGAAGGCGCCACGGAUGACGAGACGGCUACGACGAGGGAGCGGCAAGGAGGGGAGCGGUGGGAAAACAACAACACCAACAACGGGAACGGGAUGCAGCAGCGGCAGCAGCAGCAGCAGCAGCAGCAGCAGCAGCAGCAGCAGCGGGAGAGGGGGGGGAACAAGACGGCGGCGCCGGCGCCCGAAGAAGACCUUUCGCUACCGUUCGGGACUGCGUACCACGUGCCCGUGGUCUGCGAAGAGGUACUGGAAUGGCUGAUCACCAAGCCCGACGGGGUGUACGUGGACUGCACCCUGGGGGGGGGUGGGCACAGCGCGGCGCUUUUGUCGGCGCUGGGUGCGAGGGCCAGGGUGAUCGGGUUGGAUCGGGACCCUGAUGCGCUGAGGGAGGCUUCCGCACGACUGACGGCCGAGGCGGAGGCGGGGAGGUUCCAAGCCGUCCGUUCCAACUUCGCGGACGUCGGUAAGGCGGUUCGAGAGUGCGAGCUGCUGCUUCAGCAGCCACCCCUCGUACCAGAGGCGGAAUCACCUACAUCCCCACCACCGCAAGCAGCUGCACAACAAGAGCGAGAAUGUUCAGCGGCAGCAGCAGCAGCGGCGGCAGCAUCACCAAGGUCGAGAGCAUCAUCGGACACGACCGCAGCAGCAGCAGUAACAGCAGCGACGAUGACACCGCCAGCCGCCGCAGCAGCAGCGGCAGCAGCGGGGGUACCACCACGUACUACAUCUGCGGGCCCCCUGGUCGACGGAAUACUGGUAGAUCUGGGGGUGUCGAGCCACCAGAUCGACGACGGGGCCAGGGGGUUCAGUUUCUCGGCCGACGGGCCCCUCGACAUGCGGAUGGAGGGAACCGGGGACGGGGACUCCGCGGGCGAAAGAAGUUGGUUCGGAGGGGUGGCGCCGACAUCGACGAAGCACGAGGACCGAGCCGUUGAGAAGGGCGGCAGGGCGGGGGGGGGCGACGGUGGCGAUGGCCGGGGGAGCGGGGGUGGUAUAUCUGCCGCUGAUGUCGUGAACUACGCCGAUGAAUCGGAGAUCCGGGAGAUGGUGUGGCGCUACGGGGACGAGAAGAGGUCGACCAAGAUCGCGCGAGCCAUCGUGGAGAACAGGCCCAUAGCGACCACCGGGCAGCUGGCGGAGGUGGUGGGAAGGUGCGCCCCGCCUAAGGAACGCGUCAAGACCCUGGCCCGGGUGUUUCAAGCCCUCCGGAUAGAGGUGAACGGGGAGCUGGACGCCCUGGAGGCGUUGCUGGAGCAGGCCAAGCACCUCGUGCGACCGGGGGGUCGCCUGCUGAUCCUGUCCUACCACAGCCUCGAGGACCGGCGCGUGAAGCGGGUCUUCGCUACUGGGAACUUGAAGGUGUGGCAAGGUGGAGAAGGACUUCUACGGCAACCUGUUGAGCCCCUGGAAGCCCCUCCUGAGGAAACCCCUCAUGGCGGGCGAGGAGGAGGUGGCUCUCAACCCCAGGGCGAGGAGCGUUCGUCUCCGGGUGGCGGAGCGUACGGAACUGCCCGCUUCAGCCGAUCAGCAGGCAUCGCCUUGAAGCCGUCGUCCGUCGUGUCGUAGUACAGAAUGCGCCACCGCUUACGAAAGCUCGUUUUGGCCGGGGCUCGUUGUCUUGUUUUUGGUGUAGGCUUCUUGACUAUCAUUUUGAAAUUUUUGAGGCUUAAGUUUUACCGUAGGAGGCGGAGAGACGGCACUCCCACUAGGGCGACUUUCAAAGCUCGAUUGCUACACAACCAAGGGCGCGCGGAAAGAGCCACACACGUGUACCGGA